GAAAGGAAUGCGGUGACGCGCAUGCGCGAAUAUGUAAAUCACACGUGGUUGUACUUUUUAAUUGAUGGUACUGUGUUUUAUUUAAUUUCGUAAUUUAAGAAAGAAAUAAUAUCAAUAAUAGAUUUAUCGUGAUAUUUCUUCAAUUAACGUCCGAUAUGCCAAUAUAUUCUAACGAUAUGCACGAGGAAACGGAGGAACCGAUGGAGGGUGUCGUGAACGAAAACGAGAGCAGUGAUGACGAAUCCAUAGAAAACGAGGAUUCUAAGGAGACUGAAUCGAAGGUGUAUCUUCCAGGAAAAACCUUGGAAGAAGGAGAGGAACUUAUCGUCGAUAAAACUGCGUACAAAUUAUUGCAUCACGCACAAUCUGGCGCACCGUGUCUCAGCUUUGACAUAAUACCAGAUGGUUUAGGUGACUGCAGGGAGACCUAUCCUUUGACCGCAUACAUAGUUGCUGGGACACAAGCUGCCAAGACGCAUGUUAAUAAUCUUCUUGUCAUGAAAAUGUCCAAUUUACAUGGCACUGAACAGCACUCUGAAGAUUCGGAAAGCGAAUCGAGUGAUUCAGAAGAUGAGAGCGAGGAACGUAAGCCAGUAAUGAAUGUUGCGUCUAUAAAACACCAGGGAUGUGUUAACAGAGUGAGAUGUACAAAGCUUGGCGAUACAAUACUAGCUGCUAGUUGGAGUGAAUUGGGACGUGUAAAUAUUUGGAACUUGCAAGAGCAGUUAAAUGCAGUUGAAAAUCCCAGCUUACUAACUGCAUAUCGUAACAAGUGUGCCAAAGCAGAUAGUGGUAUUAAACCAUUGUAUACAUUCAAAGGCCAUCUCUCUGAAGGCUUUGGUCUCGAUUGGUGCCGUACAGAACCGGGUACUUUAGCAUCUGGCGAUUGCAAAGGUAACAUUCACAUAUGGCGAAUAGAGAGUAGCAGUGCAUCCUGGCAUGUAGAUCAAAGACCAUACAAUUCACAUGCUCCGCACAGUGUGGAAGAUUUGCAGUGGUCGCCAAAUGAAAAAAAUGUACUGGCAUCGUGUUCAGUAGAUAAAAGCAUAAAAAUUUGGGACACUCGAGCGAGUCCACAGAAUGCGUGCAUGUUGACAGCGUCCGGGGCUCACACAGCCGAUAUCAAUGUUAUCUCGUGGAACCCGAAAGAAAGCCAGUUUCUGAUAUCAGGCGGAGACGACGGGCUGCUAUGUGUAUGGGAUUUACGACAAUUUGGAGUCAAUGGUGCAAGUCCAGUCGCUACUUUCAAGCAACAUAUCGCACCAGUUACCACCGUGGAAUGGCAUCCAACGGAAGCCACGGUGUUUGCUUCCGGCGGAGCCGACGAUGUAGUCGCUCAAUGGGAUUUAUCAGUAGAAACGGAUCGUACAGAGGAAUCACAAGACAGUGAAUUGGCCAAGUUGCCACCACAAUUGUUAUUUAUACAUCAAGGUCAGUCGGAAAUCAAAGAAUUACACUGGCACUCACAAUGUCCAGGAACUAUGAUAACAACUGCACAUUCAGGUUUCAAUAUAUUCCGUACGAUUAGCAUAUAAUAGAGAAUAUCUCUAUUUAAAAAAAAAUAAAAACAAAUAUUUAUAUAAA